AUGCCUAUAUCCGACGACAUCUAUGAAUUUCAUGAUACAGAUACAUCAUUUUUUGAUCUUGACACAGUUUUUAAGAAUAGAAAUGUACAAUCGGCUCUCAAAUCUGCUAAUAUUGGUAGAUGGUCAACGUCUCGUGCUCUUCCUUCGAGUCGAAUGAGCACAGGAAUGGAUGUAAUAAGUGAUCAAGCACUUCGAAUUGGAGGUCGUUCCUUGACAUCUAUAAGAGCUGCAGGAUUUUCACGUAAUCAUAGAAAUUGUACAGCGUUUGGCGAGGUCACAGCGGAUAUUCCUUCUACUGCUGGUUCCUUUAGUAAAAAUGAAUUAGUUGAACCAUCUUCUCCAAAAUUACAGCCUGAACUGGAUGGUUCUCCUGAAAUGAAAAUGAAAGAGAUCGAGAAGAAGAUAACUCAAUUAGUAGAGGAGAGUUGUAAAGCAGGAGCUAAAGGUGAUUUUAAUGAUUCCUUGGAAAAAGCCAAAGAGGCGUCACGCAAAGAGCGCGCUCUAAUCCUUCAAAGGCAACAACUUGACGUCGCGGACAAAAUAAAUCUCGAUCUCACUUAUUUUGUUCUCCUAAACGUCGCCAAUCGCUAUGAGCAAUCAGGUCUUUACCCAGAGGCUCUUAACACUUAUCAAACCAUUAUAGCAAAUAAAGUGUCUCCUCAUGCAGAUAUUAAACGUGUGGUAUGGGAUUAUGAGUAA